AUGAAGGAUGAGUUUACCGAAAUCAGCGUUCUUUCAAGAGAAUCUAUAGAGCAAGCCAUAGAUAGAUUCAAAUAUUUACACAUCGGAUGUGUUCAAGUGGCCCUUAAACCUUUAUUCAGAGAAGGAUUAAAUGUUCCAGUGUAUCUUGCUUUUAGAGAUAAGCGACAUCUUCGAUUCUCACACUCUAUUUUAGGAAUCAUCCAAUCGAACCUUGAAAGAGGACCAGUUUACUUCAUGUGGAAACCAGGAUUCAUUAUUUCCCUUCAAGAUGCAAAUCUCCGAGAUGCCAUUAGUCUCGAUGUCCAUUCUCAAGGCCUCGAAUUAAAAGACGGAUCCCUCCCGUUUGCUGUUUGCUAUCGUGUUUAUUUCAAACUAGUGCAUACAAUUGUAUCGCCAAGAGCUUUAGGAAUAUCUCCUAAGGGAAACACCAUGCUUAUGGAAGUCAAUAUCGAGAAAUCCUCUAUGACUGUCCCAAAGCUUCUACAAUGGAGUGAACUCACACAAAAUCUAGUUUGGAGAAUUCCAGGAGCAAGUACUCAUGUACAAAACAAAGAGAAGAUGUUACGAUCAGAGAGCACCAUAAUGGAGAUGUUGAAGUUCAGUUCUAUUCAAAACCAAGAUAUCCCAAGAUUCAUGAAAUUAUGA